AGUUUGACUGUGAGUCACUGGGUGCUCAUGUUUGGAUUCCCCUCACUGAGCAGCAGAUGAAGAGCAGGAUAAGGGCAACGACACAACACUUCCAAGCAUCUGAACCAAGAAAACUCGACCAAAACAGAGCUCAAUAGCAUCCCCCUCUGGCCAAGAAGAACAGAUCUAUGGAUUCUGUUGGAUAAAUCUGCUUCAACCUCAUGUGACUGCUCCGUUUACUGAAGUUGAGAUAUUUUUUCAUCUUUCUUUCCACUUGGACUGAUUCUUUACAGCUCUUCCUGCCGGAAGUAUGUCACCAAAGAGGACUUUAUAGCAUAGAGGAAAGAGGAAACGCAUCGUAAAGCAUGGAGGCUUCAACUUCUGCUCAUGCAUGGACUACCCCCUCAUCACCCACUCUCCUCACCUCCUCUCCUUCUUCCUUCCAUGGCUACCUGCAAUUCUUCUGGGAGUACCAGGACAACUCUGUCAUUGUGGAACAUUACAACUACACAGGCAAGCUGCAGAAAGACCGCUACCGUGAGGGGCUCAAACCUGAGGGCAUUGCCUUCCUGGUGGUGUGUCUUCUCAUCGUCUUGGAGAAUGCUGUGGUCCUCAUUGCCAUUUGGAGGAACAAAAAGUUCCACCUGCCCAUGUAUUACCUGCUUGGGAACCUGACUCUGUCUGACCUGCUGGCUGGGAUCACAUACAUGGCUAACAUUAUCAUGUCAGGACCUAAUACUCUGAAACUGACGCCACUGCAGUGGUUCCUCAGGGAGGGAGGGGUCUUCAUCACUCUGGCUGCCUCUAUAAUAAGCCUGCUGGCCAUUGCAAUUGAGCGCCACGUUACUAUGGUGACCAUGCGGCCAUACCAUGGGGCAAAGCGAGGGAGGAUGUGGGCACUGAUCGGUGCGAGCUGGGCGUUGGCAGGAUUUCUGGGUGUUCUACCAAUUUUGGGAUGGAACUGCAUUCAUAGGCUGGACCAGUGCUCCACAGUCCUCCCCCUUUACUCCAAGAGCUACAUCCUUUUCUGUGUUACUGUCUUCAUCGCAGUUCUCCUUGCCAUUGUGGUCCUUUAUGUCAGAGUGUUUCGCAUCGUCCGCACAAACACUCAACGCCAGAGGCUGGGCCUGUCCGGCAGCAUGAGAAAGGGCCUAGCAAGGAAGUCCCAGAAGUACAUUGCUCUCCUUAAGACCGUCACCAUUGUGCUGGGCGUCUUUAUCGCCUGUUGGCUGCCCCUCUUCUUCCUCCUCCUCUUGGACUUUUUCUGCCCCACUCGUGGUUGUUACCUACUCUACAAGGCUGAUUACUUUCUGGGAGUAGCCAUGGUCAACUCGCUCCUCAACCCAAUCAUCUACACUCUGACUAGUAAAGACAUGAGGAGAGCUAUUCUGAGGUUGCUAUGUCGGCCAUGUUUGAUGACCAGAGAUGGACAGGUGAAGAAGAUCGGGAUGCCGUUCCUAGAGUGCAGUUUCAGUAAAACCGAGGUGACAUCGCAGAAGUUAGAGGGUGGGCCGGAGACAACCAUUUCCUCUGGGAACAACGUCACCACCCCUUCUCCUAUUAAAGCCCUUUACCCCAAGCUCUUCAAGUCAUAAGGACUCUGACAAACUGAGGACAUAAUUGUGUGAAUGGGUUUCCCAUGCACAGAAAAGAGGACAUAUAGCAGCAUGCUGUUUGGUGUUCUCAAAUGUGGAGCCUAGAAAAACACAGAAGGUGUAUGAAAUAUUGUGAGUCUCAUCUGACAAGUCAGAAGUGAUGGUGAGUGACUGAACUUUAAUGUGCCAUGGCAACAAAACAAAGGAUGCCACUCAAAUGUGAAGAGGCACAGUUUGAAGACUUAUAUGAUGGCUCUUCGUAGCUGAUUUGCACUGAAAUAUCACAAUGAAUGGAGUAGCAGCUUUUGAACUCCUUUGUUUUCUUUGCCUGAAAGACACUUCUGUAAAUUCAAAGACUUGUGUGACUGAAAAGUGACAUUUCUCCUAAAUUUAUAGGUCCAAAAACUUGGGUUUGCCUUUGCCCUUUUUGUAGUUUUACUGAAGUACCUUAAAUAAAGCACAAACAUAUGGAAAGCAUAAUCUGCACACACUUGGAUUUCGCUGGUUCGAAGGUCUAAGGUGUGCUUGGUUGGUUCAGACAACAUCACACAUACCUCAAUGUGUGAUGCAGG